GUAAGUACUAACAUACCAAAACGUUCACUUUCUUAUCCACCUAACUCAGCGAAAUCUUCGACCACAUUUUUAUGACCAAUAUUAUAAUGAAAUUUAAAGUCUACUUCAUUUGAUAUAUCUCGAGAGAACCUUUUACGAAGGUAUUCCCCUUGGUAGGCACUUAUUUUGACGCUAUUCUGGGGCGAUACCCACUGGCUUAUCUCACGAGGGAUUAUGACUUCAACUUUCUUCGAUAGAUACUUUAUACCGAAUAUCUUCUUACUGGUCGCCAUAAUAUCAAUCGCCAUCGCCUUCAUUAGUCAUCCAGUGUACACGAAAUACGCGCGCAAACAUAUCACGAACGAGGAAACAAGCCUGAAGGAUCUCUUAGUUACGCACACUCGUCCAGCACGCACUGAUAACACUCUGGAUUUUGCAAGAUGCGCGGCGCUACAUAACAAGUUGGUCGAACAUGCUUGGGUAGCGGAAGGGCGCGAAAUAAGUGACUUGGAACGACACUCGUUCUUCCACCACUACGGGGACCAAGCAAACGAAAUCAGGACACGACUUGAUCCUGCUCUCGUGACUUUUUUAGAAUCCAUCAUAGUAGCCGAGGAGCUGCCACCCUUCUUCUUCUGGGUUGAAGGCAUCUCACCGCCCGCAUCUAUGUUUGCUAAUCAUGAUACUCUGCGUUACGAUGCAAUGAGCGAGCCCGGACGUUUUCUCGUUUUAUAUAACACAAAUCCGGGCUUGGUAGGUCAUGCGAUGGGUCUAAUAUACGACCAACAACUCCAUUGUGCUACCAUGGCUCUCGGAAUUGAGGACAUCAACUUCACCCAACCAGUUGAGAGACAUCGUCAGCUGUGGCAUCCGCUCGAGACGAUACUUAGCAACUGGUGGCACAUGGUUCAAAUAGGCAAGAUUACAGCUUCUCGAGACAGUGCACCUAACGAGAAGCAUGGCCCCUGGAUCUGGCAUUCCUACGGUCCGAUGCAAGUAGUUAGUGCAAUUGCCUCAUUCGAACGACUCGCGAAAGCUAUUGAAUACCGUAUCUCACCUGACAAACUCUUACCUAUUUCUGACGAGCCAUUGCUUAGUCACACUGACCUAGAUGAAGCCUCUGUUCCGAAUCCAUGCUUCAUUCGCUCAUUCCUAUCAAGUGUUCGCCGACCACGAUUUGACCGAAUUGCUCCAGGUUUAGCUAUUCCCCUUAACCCAACCGUAUUUGUAGCCAAUCAGAGGUACACCACUAUAAAUAUUAGCUCUGAGCACGGUACCAUCAUUCCACCUGUCCUUAUCUUCGCAUCGGUAGAGAAGCGGAUCGUGAGUUUAACAUCUACCAAUCCCUACGUUUCGUUUAAUCCAUUCUGUCGGGCAUUUAGCAAGGACGUGCCUUCAGAUGGUCAGUCGAUCCUCUCCGGACUCUACUCAGAAUCUGUAGAACAUUUCUCUGAAGACAAUGCCGAAGAGGGCUUCCGGCUCUUGCUUCCAUUUCCCCUUCGUGUCCUUGGUGAAGAGCACGGCGCAAGGAAGAGCGAUAUGAACCUAGUAGAACAAAACAGUGUAGCGGAUCUGUUUCAGCACGGCUUUAAACCGUUUGGAGGCGAGUGGUGGCGAGCUCAGAGGUUAGAAAUGCUAUUCGAUGCCUGGACGCAUUUAGUUGAAUCUGGCAUUUGGAAAGUGGGAGACAGUGGCAUCGAAGGGAAUAUAGAUACAUUUAAAGAGGCAGAUAGAGGCCGAUGGGCGGAUUAUCGCAUUGACCCUAGUUGGUAAAGCCGGGUAAAGGUACCGUGUGUGCUAUAACAUGAACUCUCAAGAAUUCUCCUGUUAUAGAUAUAUUU